AUGUCAAAAUCAUUGAAACAAAUUACGCUGCGAGUUCAGUCACCCGAAGGAACAAAAAGAAUUGAUAUUGACCCUACAGACACUGUUUGUAGUCUCUUUGAAAAGGUUUAUGAAGAAUUUCAAUUGAACAGCUUUGGAUUCAGUUUAUUCAAACAAAGGAAUCACAAAGAUGAGCUUAUAUCCAGCAAAAGUAAGUCAGUAUCGGCGUGUGGACUCGGCCAUGGUGACAUGCUUUAUCUUGCACCAGUUAACGGUACUCUUCUUUGGAAUACUCCCACAACUAGUACCGCAGAUUCGAAUCCAGUUCCUAUGGAUGUAACACCGAGCACGAGUAAAGGUUUACCUUCUACAUCGACGCCAGCAGCUUCAAUUCCCGUAACUGUAAGACCUGUAACCACCACCGAGAUCGAUGAUGUGGACGAGCAACUGUGGAAAAUGGAUGGAAAAAUCCAACGCAAACGCGACGAGAAAUUAUGCAGGCACGGACCUAAUGGUUGCUGUGUCCACUGCUCAUCACUGGAACCAUUCGAUGAAAAUUAUUUGAAAGAACAGAAUGUCAAACAUUUAUCAUUUCACUCUUAUCUUAGAAAACUCACUGCUGGAGUAGAUAGAGGUAAAUUUUUACAAUUAGAAGACAUCAGUUGUCGUAUAAAGAGAGGAUGUAAAGAUCAUCCACCGUGGCCACGUGGUAUUUGCAGUAAAUGUCAACCAAAUGCAAUAACAUUAAAUCGACAGCCUUAUCGACACAUCGAUAAUGUUGUUUUUGAAAACGCGAGUUUAGUAGAGCGCUUUCUUAAUUACUGGCGAAGCACAGGUCAUCAACGCUUGGGUUAUCUGUACGGUAGAUAUGAAAUUCAUGCAGACGUUCCUCUUGGAAUACGAGCUGUUGUUUCUGCAAUUUAUGAGCCUCCUCAGGAAACUACAAGAGACUCAAUAAAUCUUUUACCCGAUGAAAGAGAACCAUUAGUCCAAGAAUUAGCUCAAAAACUUAAUUUAAGAAGAGUUGGUUGGAUUUUUACUGAUUUAAUUGCUGACGACAUAAAAAAAGGAACUGUGAAACAUGUCCGAAACAUCGAAAGUCAUUUCCUUUCUGCUCAAGAAUGUAUUAUGGCUGGUCACUAUCAAAACCAACAUCCGAAUCCAUGUCGUUUUUCACCCAGUGGAAUAUUUGGUUCUAAAUUUGCCACAGUCUGUGUUACAGGAGACGAUAAGAACCAAGUUCACAUGGAAGGUUAUCAAGUUUCGAAUCAGUGUAUGGCACUAGUGCGUGAUAAUUGUCUAGUACCCACCAAAGAUGCUCCAGAACUUGGGUAUGUUCGUGAAUCGUCCGACAAGCAGUACGUUCCAGAUGUCUACUACAAGGGAAAAGAUUCGUAUGGAAAUGAGGUGUCUAGAUUGGCGAGACCUUUGCCUGUCGAGUACUUAUUGGUUGAUGUUCCUGCUUCUACUCCACUGACACCUCAGUUUACAUUUUUUGCCAGUGAUAAUGUCACACCUUUCCCGGUCGAGAACAGAUUGGUCGAUGGACAAAUCCAAGAAUUCACUUCUCUGUGUACGUACAUGCAGCAAUUUGGUCCCGAUCAGUUUUUGGAAGCGAUCUCAGACUUCCAUUUACUCCUAUUCAUCAUGACAAUGGACAUGCUGCCGAUGAAGGAUUACAUGUCACCUCUACUGGAGGCCAUCAGACAGAACGACAGACAAAAAGCUCUUGAGUGGGCCCGGAGCGAGCACUGGGCCACUGUGGAGCAACUGAUUUCCGCCACAACGGCGUCUCCGCCUAUGACUUCUCAGUCAGUCUCGUUUGGCGACGACGGAAGCUCGUCUGCCGGUGCUGGGAUUGGAAUUGGAGCUGGUACCAGUUCCAGUGUCACUGCUACGUCCACUCAGUCGCUUUGGACAUGCCCUCACUGCACCUUUUUAAAUCCUGCUGAGCUAGGUUCAUGUGAAAUGUGCAGCCUCCCGAGGUAA